GGAUGAAUAACCAUAAUUUACUACACGGUUGUUAGGGUACAUAUAGCUGUACAGUUAGGGUACAUAUAGCUGUACAGUGUGGAUCAAUACAAUCGUAUGAAACUCAAUACAAAACAGAUAAUGGAUUAAAUGAGCUUCUCGUAGAAGAAACUGGAAGACUGAAAAUAACUAUGAUGCAGAUGAAAGCUUUUAUAUUUGUGACGUGUUUAUUGAUAAACAUGGCGUAUACUAUUAAGAACCUAAGACACCGUAGGAAUUCGAAUGAGAUCAAUGUUCAGGAGCUUGAAAUUAUUUCGGAUGUUGCUCUUAGAUACGCAAAGGUAUUAGUGAGAAGUAUGAUGAUAAACCGGAAGUCAGCGGACCAGGAAGUGGCAUUUCAAGUGAGGCUCCCGAAGGAAGCGUUCAUCACAAGUUUUGAAAUAGAUACGGAUAACAGAACGAUAAAAGCUGCCAUCAAAGAGAAGAAAGAAGCGCAAGCUGAAUACGAAAAAGCGAAGAAAGAUAAUGUUACUGCAGGUCUCAUUAGUCAACAGGACAUAAGGGAUGAUAUUGACAUAGAUAUAUUCAAUGUCGAGGUAAACGUUGCAGCAAAUACUACGAUAGAAUUUCGCCUGGAAUAUGAGGAGUUUCUUCAGCGUCAUGCUGGAAAGUAUUCUCAAAAGAUUUUUAUAGAUUCGGAUCAUGUUAUACCAAACCUUGAAGUAAAAUGUAAUUUUAAGGAAAAACAAAAAUUUAAAACACUCACUUACAAAACACCAUAUGUUAUUCAACAAGAACUAUCCAAUGAGGGAACUGCAACGAAUGAUGGCUAUUAUGUGAAUGCAAUAGAUUGGAAGCCAAGUGAGUCUGACCAGGUAGCGGCAACUGAAGGCCUAAAAGCACCAUUUGAAAUAGAAUAUGAAUUACAAAUUGAAGAGAACGGAGGCAUUGUCUUUCUUAACAGUGAUGGAGAGUUUGUUCACAUGUUUUCGGUUCCUUGUAAUGAGAGUGAAAUCAUGUCAAAGCAAAUUGUUUUUGUCAUUGACAUAAGCGGCUCUAUGAGCGGAAACCCUAUACUACAAGUUAGGCAGGCCAUGGCAUCAAUAUUAUCUCAACUCCGGUCAAAUGACUAUUUCAAUAUCAUUAUAUUUGAUGACGUUUCAGCCAUGUGGCAAACAAGUUUUCAGGUAGCAAGUUCAGAAAAUGUAAAUAGGGCGCAGCGGUAUGUGCUGCAAAAUGUCAAAGCGAGAGGUUCUACAAACAUAAAUGACGCUUUACUGCGGGCUGUAGGUUUAUUUGACAUUAAUGCUGCCAACGAACGCUCUGGACAAAUAAUUGUGUUUCUAACCGAUGGAUCGCCUACAGCAGGUGUGACAAAUACAAGCGCUAUCCUUAAAAAUGUACGGAGUGCAAAUAAUGGCCUCGAAGGAAGAUGCUGCAAAUCGACAAUAUACACGAUUGCAUUCGGGAGACAUGCAGAUAUAACAUUUCUUAGUUCAAUAGCAUAUCAAAACGCCGGUACAUUAACUAAAAUCAAAGAGAUCCAAAGUGAUGUUGCUGACGGUCAACUAAUUGCGAUGUACGAAGAUAUUAAAAAUCCAUAUUAUAAGAAUCUUAAUUUCUCUUUUGAAGUGGGCGGUGAAACAAUUCCUGCCACCAAUGUUACGCAGACUCAAGUAUUACUAUAUGACUGCAGAGGUGAAAUUGUAAUAAAUGGCCGAACAAUCGCCGGGGAGGAAAUUUACCCUAAAGUUAAAGUUGUUGGAGUCACGGGUGAUAUUGUCUUCAAAUCUGUUCCAACAAUUUUGAUAUUAAAUGAAGAUUCUGCCAUGCUGUCGCGACUUGUUAUCUACCAAUGGGUGAAACAAUUGUUAAAAGAAUCGACAAGCGCAGUCGACGCAGGGAGAAGAGACGUAGCAACCAAUAUGGCUUUAGAGUUAUCUCUGAAAUACGGAUUUGUGACGCCUUUAACGUCACUUGUUGUAACCGACUAUCCAACUCAUAGUAAUCCUGGAUCCGAAGAUGGAAUAUUUAUACAUUCCAUGACAACAGGCUGUCAUCAAACCACAUUUAACAGAUUGUUUUUGCUUAUUGGACUUUUAGUUUCGAAGUUAUUAUGUCAUGUAUAGAUUUAACUUUUUUCUAGCCGAAAUUUCAUAUGGUCUUUGGGUUAUGGUUAAGUUCACAAAUAAAUUAGCACGAAAGAUUUUGUAAUUUCACAGAAGCGUCAUCCUGAUUGCCCAUGCGUCAGUGGUUUCAGAAUCAAAACUGUAAUGAUAGGCCCUGUCUAUUUUCAAAAAAUCCCUGCAUCGGAAAUUAUCAGAUAUGUAUUGUGUGACAAUAAAUCAAAAUAUUCUCUGCUGUAUUUUAAUGUGUCUAAUGUCAUUACACAGAGGCUAUUUUGAAGUGUAACUAUUGUUGAUACAUGUAUAUGUAUGCAUAUUUAUUUGCAAUAUGUAUGUAUAAGACUUAAAAUAUGUGUUGUUUUGUUAAUCGAUAGUCUGUUUUUGUAUAUUAAAGUGUUUCGGUUCGUAAA